UCGGUAACAUAAAAUAAUGAAAUGAAGAUGUCUUCCAAAAAGAAGAGCAAGUCGCGUUCAUCCCGCGCCGGUCUCCACUUCCCCGUCGGAAGAAUCCACAAGAUCCUAAGGAAAGGGAACUACGCGCCCAGGAUCGGGGCUGGAGCGCCUGUUUACCUGGCAGCAGCCCUGGAAUACUUAUCAGCUGAAAUACUGGAGCUGGCGACGGAAGUGGCUAAGGAGAACAACAAGACGAGAGUCAUCCCCCGACACAUACUGUUCGCCAUCAAGAACGACGAGGAGCUCAACAGAAUGCUGUCCGGAGUGACCAUCUCUCAGGGCGGCGUGCUGCCCGCUAUACACGCGCAGCUGCUGCCCAAGAAGACGGUCAAGAACACGCAGCCGUCACAGUCACAAUCAUCACAGUCACAGUAACUUAAAUAUAUUAUUUAUUUAUUUAUUUAAUAUUCGUUGAUGUAGGUCGCACAAAUGACCUGAACGACAAAGUCCUUAUCAGGACUGCA